AUGCCUGGUGCGUGCCAGCAGAGCUCGGUACUGGCAGGUAGCGCCACUUUGAUCACCCUGGGGGCCCUGAUUGUGUUCUCUGGGAAACCCGGCGGCUACGGCAAGCACACCCUGAGCGGGACGUCAGGAGCUCGCAGCCUGCCGGCCCGCAUCGCCUGGUUCGUGCAGGAGCUGCCAGCCUUCUUGGCGUCGGCGGGAAUGCUUACCCAGCAGCCAGGUCCUCUCUUCGGACAUCCCGGGAACGUGCUGCUGGGUCUCUUCUGCGUACAUUACUUCCACAGGACAUUUAUUUACUCCUUGCUCACCAGAGGGAGGCCUUUUCCAGUUGUGAUCUUUUUGAGAGCAACUGCCUUCUGCAUUGGAAAUGGAUUAUUUCAAGGCUACUAUCUGACUUACUGUGCAGAAUACCCUGAAGAGUGGUAUACAGAUGGACGGUUUAGUUUGGGUGUCUUCCUAUUUAUUUUGGGGAUGGGAAUCAACAUUCAUAGUGACUACAUAUUGCGCCAGCUCAGGAAGCCUGGAGAAGUCAUCUAUAGGAUUCCACAAGGUGGCUUGUUUACAUAUGUUUCUGGAGCCAAUUUCCUGGGUGAGAUCAUCGAGUGGACAGGCUAUGCCUUGGCCACCUGGUCCCUGCCAGGACUUGGAUUUGCAUUUUUCUCACUGUGUUUCCUUGGGCUACAAGCUUUUCACAACCACAGGUUCUACCUCAGGAUGUUUAAGGACUAUCCAAAAUCUCGGAAAGUGCUUAUUCCAUUCAUCUUUUAAAGAAAUCAAGUUUUAAAGAAAGAGCAAAGCUUCUAAAAUGCUAGUAAAAAACUGUCAAGUUGCAGAAACUGUAACUUUUGAACUACAACUGAAACUUGUUCACAUACAUGUACAUGAUAUGAUGUCUAUGAUAGCAGGUCUCAUGGUGUUAUGCAUCUGGCCUA